GGUGGCAGCUGUCACCGGUAAGGCGAGCACCGCGCACGGGGGAUGGCGCCCAGCGCCCAUUGGACAGAAUAUAAAGGCUGAAACCUACCCCCGAAGACUGGGAGCCCGGCGGGGCGGCGGCGGGGAGCGCGCGCCGCGGCCCCCAGCUCCUUUAUCCAGGAGACUCCUGGGCCCCGCGGCGCGGGCAUGACCGAGGUCCAGCUUCAGGGACACGCCCGUUACGCCUCGUUGAAAACGAUCAGGUGAGCCUGGCCGAGGCGGACGUGACUCCUGGAACCCCGGCUCCAGUGCGUCCCAGCUGGCGCCGCGACGUCCACCUGCCCAGCAACCGGGAACAGCUGGUCGGUGGGAGGGGGAGGCCCCGGCUCCCCUGCGGGACCGGACUGACCAUGGCGCUGGCCGCGGCCGCGGCCGCUGCGGCCGCCGGGGUGAGCCAGGCGGCAGUGCUGGGCUUUCUGCAGGAGAAUGGCGGAAAGGUGCGCAACUCUGAGCUGCUGAGCCGCUUCAAGCCGCUGCUGGAUGCCGGCGACCCACGCGGCCGCGCCGCCCGCAGGGACCGUUUCAAGCAGUUUGUCAACGACGUGGCCGUGGUGAAGGAGCUCGACGGCGUCAAAUUUGUGGUGCUGAGGAAGAAGCCGCGGCCCCGGGAGGGACCAGAGCCCCUUCCCUCCUGCUUCCCGAGCACCCCGGUGGCAUCAGCCCCGCCGUCGAAGAUCACCUCCGUCUCACAGGGGGAAACCGCUGCUUCGGGUGCUCCAUCCUUGGCCUCAGCGCAGAGGGCGGUGGAAGCACCUGAGGACCCGGCUCCGCCAUCAGAGCCACAGGACACCCCCGGGGCUCCGGCCUCUGAGCCCACUCAGCUGACUAAGGGGCUGCUGUUAGUCCCAGCCCGGCAGUCAGGGAUGCCCUCGGACCCCCAGAUUACAGCCUUUGAGCUGGCCCAGCCCUCUGAGGGACUCUCUGCAGACGUGGCCCCACCGUCCAUGGCACCGUCGGAGGCAGCUUUGCCCCAUGCAGAACCGCCAGACCCGGAACCUGCGCCUGGGCUGACAAAGGGGCCGCCACCACCCCCUCCGCGCGCGCUGCCUCAAAAGCCCUGCAUGCUGCCAGUGCGCUGCGUCCCGGGCCCCGCGGCGCUCCGGAUCCGGGCGGAGGAGCAGGGCCUGCGUCGGCAGCUGUCGGAGGAGCCCAGCCCACGUAGCUCCCCGCUGCUGCUGCGGCGGCUCUCAGUUGAGGAGUCCGUCCUGGGCCUCAGCCUGGGCCCCGGCCGCUCCCCGCACCUGAGACGCCUGUCGCGCGCCGGCCCUCGCCUGCUGAGCCCGGACACCGAGGAGGUGCCCGCCGCACCGCCGCCGUCCGCCGUACCCCUGGAGCCGGCCGAACACGAGUGGCUAGUGCGGGCUGCCGGGGGCCGUUGGACCCACCAGCUGCACGGGCUGCUGCUACGCGACCUCGGCCUGGCGGCCAAACGCGACUUCAUGUCAGGUUUCACGGCCCUGCAUUGGGCCGCCAAGAGUGGCGACCUCGAGAUGGUGCAGCAGCUGGUGGAGAUCGCGCGGCGUGGAGGCGCGCGGGUCGACGUGAACGCGCGCUCACACGGCGGCUACACGCCGCUGCACCUGGCGGCUCUGCAUGGCCACGAGGAUGCAGCGGUGCUGCUGGUGGUCCGCCUGGGUGCGCAGGUGCACGUGCGUGACCACAGCGGGCGGCGCGCUUACCAGUACCUGCCGUCCGGCGCCUCGUACGCGCUUCGCCGCCUACUUGGCGACCCCAUCCUGCGAAGCUCUACCGAGCCCGAUGCGACCGGUGGUGGUAGUGGCAGUUUUGCGGCCCGGCGCCCGGUUCAGGUGGCCGCCACAAUCCUCAGUUCCACCACCAGCGCGUUUCUGGGCGUCCUGGCCGACGACCUGAUGCUCCAGGAUCUGGCUCGAGGCAUGAGGAAGUCAGGCUCCUUAAGCAAAUUCUUGGGUGCCUCGCCCAUGGCUCCUCGUAAAAAGACAAAAACCCGCAGUAGUCUGCAGGUCUUUUCAGAAGUCUCCCGUCGACCCACUCCGGGGCCCUUGGCUGGUCUAGUGCCCAGCCUACCCCCAGCAACCUGACGGUUCCUGAGGCUACGGCUGAGUUGCUCUAAUCGGGCCUGCCUCUCACAGUCUAAGCCUGCCCAAGACGGCGGUCCAAAGCCUUCGGCUCCAUCUUGUUUCCAACUUUGUCCACUGCAGCCUGUUUCACCCAAGUGGGCCUACGCCCCCAGCUUCUGUCUGAAGCUUGAUCUUUCUCCAGAGAUGGGAUCCAAGAUCUCAGUGAGAGCCUCCUAUGAAGAACUACAGAAGUCAGGAUUGAACUUUGGAGGAAAUCUGAAAUUUAGGAUCAAAGGUUAAGGGGCAGCAGCUGGUCUGGCCCCUGAAUGAUUUAACCCGAUGCCUCUGCAUCUAUAUACUCCCAAGCCAGAAUUAGAGCUUUGUGUGAUGAUGGACUGUCAGCUUUAAGAUAUGUAGUGCUUUUGUAAUUUGAUGCUUUUAUCCUGUUUUUAAAUUGAAAUGAGGUAAAACAACUUUCAUAAAAAAACCUUUUCAAAGUAUAUUUUUCCAAAAUGCUCAGA